AUGUCAAUUGCUCAUGAUAUUAUGCCAAUCGUGAUUAUUAUCGUCUCUGGUGCUGCUCUUCUUUUUCGUAUUAUUAUGCAAAAACGUCGUUUACAGCAAAGUACUGGAUGGCGUAAAUAUCGGAAAAUGGUCAUACAAUUUAUUUUCAUCUCUAUUACCUAUCUUACCUUUAAUCUUCCUUAUACUAUUGUUUAUUUCGGCGAAGCUUUGGGAUUUUCUAGUUUCGGCAUCAAUUUCAUGGAGCCAUAUUUUUUCCCUCUAGCAAAGGUUCCAUCUAUGGCUUUACCCUAUUCUACGGCUUUAACACUGCCCGGACUAAAAGAAAAACUUUAUGCAUUGAUCAUCUGUAAACCGAAGCAAAAUACUAUUCGUCCAGCAGUUACCAAGAGUUAG